GUCAGUUGAAUUAGUGAAAGGGUUGCUAGAAAAGGGAAAAUAAAGUAAUUAGAAGUAGAUAAAUAAGUUUAACGGAGUGAACUUCUGGUGGAUUUUUAAGGACCGUAAAAAAACAGAAAAAGGAGCCUUUUUAUUUAUUUUUGUAUAAUACAUAUUUUUUUAUUAAUCAGAUUUCUUAUAAAGGAACUAACUUGAUAUUUGGAGAUGAUGCUGUGUGGCAUCUUUCUGUUGUUCAUGCUGUGGAGCAGUGAUGGAGCGAGGCUGGCAGAAAGUCGGGAUGAUAACAGCGUCUAUGACUUAUUUGAGCUGGCUCGGAUUAAUAAAAGAAACCAUGGAGUGAGUUUGGUCAAAGGAGCGGAUCCUUACAGCCCCGCAUACAAAAUCCUGAACGCGGACCUGAUCCCCCAAGUCCCCGAUGGUUCCUUCAGGGACCUCCUCGACUCCAUCCAGGCUGAGAGAGGCUUCCUCCUGCUGCUCAACCUGAAGCAGUACAAGCGAUCCCGGGGCACGAUGCUCAGCAUCGAGAAGACCGACGGAUCCGGACCCGUUUUCGAGAUCAUCUCCAACGGAAAGGCCAACACCCUGGAUGUGGUGUACGCCACCGAGAACCAGCAACAGGUGGUGUCCAUCGAGGACGCGGACCUGGCCACAGGGCAUUGGAAGAACAUCACGCUGUUCGUGCAGGAGGACAGGGCGCAGCUGUACGUGGGCUGUGAGGAGAUCAACGUGUCGGAGAUGGACGCGCCAAUCCAGACGGUGCUGUCCCGGGAGGUGGCUGACAUAGCUCGACUAAGGAUCGGAAAGGGGUCAGCAAGAGAUAAAUUCAUGGGAGUGCUCCAGAAUGUGCACUUUGUCUUUGGUACCUCUCUGGAUGCAAUACUGAGAAAUAAGGGCUGCCAAAGUGGGGCAACUUUAACCGAUGUCAUGAGACUGGACAACCCAGUCAAUGGCUCUAGCCCUGCCAUCAGGACCGACUACACAGGUCACAAAUCCAAAGACUUGCAGACUGUCUGCGGGUUUUCUUGUGAGGACAUCACCAGCAUGUUCAAGGAGCUCAGGGGACUCAAUGUGAUUGUCAAACAGCUGUCGAACGAGCUCGAAAAAGUGUCCACAGAAAGCCAGCUCCUGAAAAAUCAAAUUAACAUCCACAGAGGAGUCUGCCUCCAUAAUGGCAUUGUACACAACGACAAAGAUGAGUGGACAGUGGACGACUGCACAGAGUGUACCUGUCAGAACUCUGCUACUGUGUGCCGUAAAAUCUCCUGCCCUCUGAUCCCGUGUGCUAAUGCCACCGUGCCUGAUGGCGAAUGUUGUCCUCGCUGUGGAACACCGAGUGAUUAUGCAGAAGAUGGCUGGUCCCCCUGGUCUGAAUGGACCCAUUGCUCCACCACCUGCGGGCGUGGCAUCCAACAGCGCGGACGGUCAUGUGACCGCAUCAACAGCAAGUGUGAGGGUACCUCUGUCCAGACCCGGGACUGCUACCUGCAGGAAUGUGACAAGCGCUUCAAACAGGAUGGAGGAUGGAGCCACUGGUCACCCUGGUCUUCAUGCUCUGUGACCUGUGGCGAGGGAGUCAUGACCCAAAUCCGCCUCUGCAACUCCCCCACACCACAGAUGGGAGGAACGGACUGCCAGGGAAAGGGACGUCAGACCAAAACUUGCAAGAAGUCCGCCUGUCCUAUUAAUGGAGGUUGGGGACCUUGGUCACCAUGGGACACCUGCUCUGUCACCUGUGGAGGAGGAAUCCAAACUCGAAAACGCCUCUGCAAUGAUCCUGUGCCCAAAUAUGGUGGAAAAGAAUGCAUUGGUGACGCUGCCAUGCCUCAAAUUUGCAACAAACAGGAAUGCCCAAUCGAUGGUUGUCUUUCCAGUCCGUGCUUUCCUGGAACAAAGUGUACCAGCUCUCCAGACGGCUCCUUCACAUGUGGAAAAUGUCCUCUGGGCUACGCUGGUGAUGGGGUUAUAUGCAAAGACAUUGAUGAAUGCAAAGAAGUUCCGGAUGCUUGCCACACUCACAAUGGAAUUCAUCGUUGUGAGAACACUGAGCCGGGAUACAACUGUCAUCCUUGCCCUGCGCGUUUCUCUGGUCCUCAGCCCUACGGAAGAGGAGUGGAGCAGGCAACAGCUAAUAAACAGGUUUGCACUCCUCGUAACCCUUGCAAAGAUGGCAGCCAUGACUGUCAUAAAAAUUCAGACUGCAUCUACUUGGGCGUGUACUCCGAGUCCAUGUUCCGCUGUGAGUGCAAGCCAGGAUACGCUGGGAAUGGCCGCAUAUGUGGAGAGGACAGUGACCUGGACGGAUGGCCCAACACUGACCUACAGUGCGUGGCAAACGCCACGUAUCAUUGCAAAAAGGAUAACUGCCCUAACCUUCCCAACUCUGGCCAGGAAGAUCACGACAAAGAUGGCCUGGGUGAUGAAUGUGACAACGAUGAUGACAAUGAUGGGAUCCCCGAUGUUAGAGACAACUGCCCUAAAGUUUACAACCCAGCCCAGUAUGAUGCAGACCGGGACGAUGUUGGGGAUCAGUGUGACAACUGUGUGUUUGAAGCCAACACAGACCAAACAGACACUGACAACAACGGAGAGGGCGAUGCCUGUGCUAUUGACAUAGAUGGUGAUGGGAUUCUGAAUGAGAAUGACAACUGCCCGUAUGUUUACAACGUGGACCAGAGAGACACUGACAGGGACGGGGUGGGAGAUCACUGCGAUAACUGCCCCCUGGAACACAAUCCAGAUCAGGUUGAUUCUGACUCAGAUCGUGUGGGAGAUAAGUGCGACAACAACCAGGACAUUGACGAAGAUGGUCACCAGAACAACAUGGACAACUGCCCGUACAUUGCUAAUGCCAACCAGGCUGACCAUGACAAGGAUGGCAAAGGUGAUGCCUGCGACCAUGAUGAUGACAAUGAUGGCAUCCCAGAUGACAAGGAUAACUGCAGGCUGGCCUUUAACCCCGAUCAACUGGACUCAGAUAAUGAUGGGCGUGGUGAUGUGUGCAAAGAUGAUUUUGACCAAGACAGUGUUCUGGACAUCCACGAUGUGUGCCCCGAGAACUUUGCAAUCAGUGAAACUGACUUCCGCAGGUUCCAGAUGGUUCCUCUCGAUCCCAAAGGCACUUCUCAGAUUGACCCUAACUGGGUGGUGAGGCACCAAGGCAAGGAGCUGGUACAGACUGUCAACUGUGACCCAGGCAUCGCUGUUGGUUAUGAUGAGUUCAGCGCCGUGGAUUUUGGCGGGACCUUCUUCGUGAAUACAGACAGAGAUGACGACUAUGCAGGGUUCGUGUUUGGCUACCAGUCCAGUUCCCGCUUCUACACCGUGAUGUGGAAACAAAUCACACAAACGUACUGGUCCCACACUCCCACAAGAGCGCAGGGAUACUCUGGCCUGUCAAUCAAAGUAGUCAACUCCACCACAGGACCUGGUGAGCAUCUGAGGAAUGCACUGUGGCACACCGGAGACACCCCCGGACAGGUGCGCACUUUGUGGCAUGACCCCAAGAACAUUGGCUGGAAGGACUUUACUGCCUACAGAUGGCAUCUGACCCACAGACCUAAGACCGGGCUUAUUAGAGUAACCAUGUACGAGGGAAAAAGAAUCAUGGCUGAUUCUGGAAACAUCUACGACAAGACAUAUGCCGGCGGGCGGCUUGGCUUGUAUGUCUUCUCUCAAGAAAUGGUUUACUUCUCAGACCUCAAAUAUGAAUGUAGAGGUAAGCAAAGGCUACCCAAUUGCGCACUUCAAAUGCGAUUUGUCAUCACACGAGCCUUCAUUAUUGAUCAUGUUUUUUCCGUGUUUACUUUCAGAUACAUAAGGCGUGAGGAAGAAUAUUCCAGUUCAAACGGGACAUGAAACCUGGACUUAUUUCAACCUUUUUCCUUUAAGAAAAUGCACAUUGGAGGUGUGUGGAGCAUGUAAACUGGUCAUGAGGUAAAGUGACUUCAGAAGUUAAAGUCAAAUGAAAGUUUGUUGACUAAAAUGUUGAGCACCGCUCAGAAGAAAUGGAUUUCCUCAGUCUCUGCGGAAGGAGGACUUCUUUUUAUGCUUUGCACACCGGAACUGUUAUUCCUCUAUUGGUGAGGAAGAAAACGAAAGAGGUUUUUGUACUUUUAUGCUUUAUUUUUAGUAUUACCAUUCAUCUGCUGUGGACUGAUAUACAUAUAUGUAUAUAUAUAUAUAUAUAUUUUUAUGAAGAAAUUGUGAUUUUCCAGAGAAGGAAAACAUGAGGAUGUUGGAGCGUGUGGACUGUCCGUAUCAAAGAAAGCGAGUGGCGUGUGUUUGUACAGGUGGGCCAUCCAAGUUAAAGACAACCAAGUCAAAAAGCAAUUUAAAAAAAUUCUCUCUGAUUAGUCAUCAAAGACAUGGUGUCUGAAGUAGAGAUGUAGAGCUGGCCCAGAACAUGAAUCUUCUCAGGAAGGAGCUUUGGCAAAAAGGCGGGAAAACUUCAGAACAACACAGGGCCUCAAAGCAGACACAGAUGCUGCUUUGGUCAGUUUCUGCAGAUGUAGAUGCAUAAAAGUCUUUAACCUUUACUAAAAAGUUCAAGGGACAUAAACACUGAGGGCCAGUCUGUUAAGAUUUUUUUUUUUAUCAAGUAUGAUUUUGUAUAUGUACUUGUUGCUACUUGCUUAACAUCAUCAGAAAGCUAUUGAGGCUUGCUAAAAACAUCAUCUUUUAAAUACACAGAUCCCUUAUACUCUGGAUAAUAUCAUGUCAAUGUGUUUUGCAUCUUCACAGUGUGUUUGACUGGUGUUUCUGUUCAUCUCUGACAAAGGGGUGAAAAAAAAGUAAACACUUUUUGUACAAAUAUUACCUCAUGAAUUGUUUUUGUACUGAAACCAGCAGUGUACAAGAAUGACUUGUCUUAGCAAACAUGGUAUAAAUUGGUUGUCUUUUGCAUUAAUACAAUUUUUAUAAUGUAUAUAAGAUUUUUCGGUUAUGAGAGAAACGUGAACAGAAAAGGAUUAACAAAAUAACGAUGUUUUAUGAUGUGUAUGUGCUGUGCAGUCUUGAUAAAUUAUUUUUUUGUCUUUUGUUUAGAUGUAUUCUAUUUAAAUAAUUUAUAUAGAAACGCAGCCUCUAAUGGACACGUUUCUAUCUGUAUAAAUAUAUUAUUUUUACACACAGGAGGAUGUCUUCGGUUUCUUUUUUUUGUAAGUGCCUCUUUUUUUAAAUAUUAGUGAAGCUUUUCUAUAAACAUUUGUAAAAUAGUUUCUACCAAAAGUGCUAUUUAUACUCCUGCCUGUUGUUUUGUACAUUCAAGAAAACAAUAAACUCUUAAAAAUAUGGGGGGAAAAAGUAAA